CUAGGCGCGUGUUACGAGGGACAGCCUUGCCUCUUUCUCUGUCACGUUACAAGCCCUGUCUCAGCUACCUCGAUUCGGUUCUGUCAGACAGAUCUCCAGCGUAACAAAGCAGAGUCUUACGUUCAAACUUGCAGUCAAGGUCCUGUCGAAAGAGCAAGAUGGGAGGGCUUGCCGCAGCCAUGUUCAUGCUGCUUGGCCUGGUGGCGUUAACAAGAGGCAAAUUUAGCGAUGUAUCUGACCCUUGCUGCCCGGAUAAAUGCUGCAAUGGAAUAUUAUUCGGUGGAGUUACGGGAAACGCUCCAGAGAUGCUCCCCAAAGACUGUAAUGACAUCCGAGAGUUGGGCGGAGGUAAAGAUGGUCUGUACACCGUCUACCCAUCCUACGUUGAAAGCUGUGAUGGAAUCAGAGUAUACUGUGAUCAACAAACAGAAGGUGGUGGAUGGACAGUGAUUCAGCGACGUAUGAACGGUUGGUUAGAUUUCCAGCGGGGAUGGAAUGAAUACCGUAACGGCUUCGGAUUCCUGACGGGUGAAUUCUGGCUGGGACUUGACCAUAUCCAUCACAUGAGCAUCCAGGCACCCACUGAGCUGAUUAUAUACAUGGAGGAUUGGCUCAAUACCAUUGUCAGGGUCCAUUACUGGAACUUCUGGUUGGGGGAUGAGGCUUCCAAUUACACACUCAGCGUAAAGAACUUUGACCCCGGAAGUGACGUUGGUGAUGGUCUGUCCAUCCACAACGGCAUGAAGUUUACCACGUACGACCGUGACAACGACCGUAGCAUCCGUAACUGCGCCCAAGAGCACACGGGCGCCUGGUGGUACAAUAACUGCAUGCUGUCUAAUCUAAAUGGACGGUACCUGCGAGGGAACAACCCGGCGCUCGUCGGUCAAGGGGUGGUCUGGACUCCGUGGACCGGGAACUCUUACUCGUUGAAGACGGUAGUCAUGAUGAUGAGGCCUAUUGUUUAAAUGAUGGUUAGCUACUGCUUCUGCUUUGAAGCCAGUAUACCCUUGCAACUUAAAGGGAAUUUAAUUAAUGAAGUAAAGAAACAUUUCAAAUUCCCAUUUGAAAAAAAAAAAUGAGGCCCGAUAUACGAAGAGGCCACUAUUGGAAGCGAGAAAGCAAUGUUAAGUGUUUAAGAGUCGGUUUGGCUGAUUUAUUUGAUGUUAAAGUCACUUUUUCCUGUGGGUGUUCAAAAUGAGAGUAAAAUACUGAUAAAGGACAUUAGACUAAACUUUGUAAAGUCAGCGUUACAUUUUUGACUUUCUAUUUUGAGAGUUGUCGACCUUUUACAGAAAAUCAGCUGUAUAUAGGGUUUUACACGAUGGUCGAAUGGUAAAAAGUGGCUGUCAGAUAUUAAAUUUUUUCAUAUCGACCCAAAGAAAAUGUUUCCGUUCCAAAAAUGGAUCAUUUUAGACUUAUUAUGUCGUAUCACUUCAAACUUCAUACUUGGUAUGAAACUGUAUCAUUUAAGUUAUAGUGUUUCAAUGUAACUUGAUGCAGAACUGAAACUAAUAUAUGUGUGAAGUGAUUUCGAUUUCAAAUCAAACAUAGACAAUAGUGUAAAACAUUAACUCUACAACUUUCUUGGACGAUUUAUAUGUGCAAUAGGUUUGAGCAUUGAAAUAAACACUUCUAUCUGCAAAUAGAAGAUUAUGAAUGAAUUUUGUA